UUGAGCAGAGGAUUAUCGGUUUUGCUUAGAAAACCUUUGAGUUUUCAAGGUUAGUUGCUGCGAGCAUCCAAUUGUAGCAGGCGUAGCGAAAUGAAAUGCCAGUGUAGAACUUGCUUGCCUCGCAACCGAGUGGUGGUUUUAAGAAUUUGGGCCGUUUUGGAGUGUUUAUGGUAAACUCGGCAGCUUCGCAUUCUGGUUCAAGCUUGGAUCAAACCCUAUUGUGGGUUUAACAAGACUUUCGGAGGGAGCAUCGGUGAUGCACUCACGUGAGGAAUUGCACCUCCUUGUUCUGCGACGGUUCCAUUCUUUUUGGUUUUUAGUUUGCAAAUCUUGAUCGUGGAGUUGAGAAAAAGGGCGGUUCGUUGUCUUGAGGUGUUCUUGUUGAUUGUUCGUCAUGGAAAAUAAUGAUGCACUUGACAUUGGAGCCGUGUCGUCCCCAUAUCCUUCGCAAUCUGAAGGAGUGUCUACGCCAUUGCCGCAAGUAACAUCACCGAGCUUCGACAAUGCAGCCUCACCCGUGGCCGGGCGGAGGGCCGUACGGCAGACCCCUACAUCUGCAGUUCGAAGGAGAGGGAGAGAAACGGAUUCCGCUCGUCGUAGGAGGAGUCGAUCUCGCAGUUUAGGCAAUUCUGUUUAUAGUUCCCCUUACGAUGCGGGGACUCCUGGAACUCCUGGAACUCCAGUGGCUACUCCGGUUUACGCUACCCCAGUCGGUACACCUAUGGGUACCCCAUCGUUCCAUCGUGGCACGCCACAGUACAAACAGCGCAGUGAGCUUGGUUCCCAGGGGAAGCCUCUACAUCGGAGACGUCGAUCUCAAUCCAGAGAACCCGGGCAUCGAUCUCCUUCAAGGGAACCUAGUGCUGAUGGGCGUCCCUCUGAAUCUGCUGAGCCAGAUGACACUUUGGGUGGAGAAUAUGCUUAUGUUUGGGGGACGAAUGUUAACAUUCCAGAUGUGCUUAGGGCGAUUCGUCGAUUUCUCCACAAUUAUCGUUCGAGUGCUCAUGAUCUUAAUUCCAAGUACAUCCAGAUCAUAGAGGAGACUGUGGAGCGUGAGGAGGAUACUCUAAAUAUCGACAUGUCAGACAUUUAUGACCAUGAUCCUGAUCUAUACGCAAAAAUUGUUCGAUACCCACUCGACAUCAUCCCCCUGUUGGACACUGAGUGUCAGGAAGUUGCUACCUCUUUACUACCAACGUUUGAGAAGCAUAUUGAGGCCAGACCUUUCAAUCUCAAAGCAUCGGUGCACAUGCGUGAACUCAACCCUUCAGAUAUAGACAAAUUGGUUUCUGUUAAAGGAAUGGUUAUCCGGUGCAGUUCUAUCAUACCUGAAAUUAAGGGGGCCUUCUUCAAAUGUUUAGUGUGUGGUCACUCGCCUCCGCUAGUUACAGUUGUUAAAGGGCGGGUUGAGGAGCCAACAAGGUGUGAAAAGCCAGAAUGUGCAGCACGGAAUGCUAUGUCUCUUAUUCACAAUCGAUGCACUUUUGCAAAUAAGCAGAUAGUGCGUCUUCAAGAAACUCCAGAUGCCAUUCCUGAAGGAGAGACUCCACACACAGUCAGCAUGUGUUUAUACAACACUAUGGUUGAUGCUGUGAAGCCUGGAGAUCGUAUUGAGGUAACAGGAGUUUUCAAGGCCAUGGCAGUUCGAGUUGGUCCGAAUCAACGAACAUUACGAGCAUUGUAUAAGACCUACAUCGAUUGCGUGCACGUCAAGAAGUCUGACAGGGGUCGACUGCAAACUGAAGAUCCUAUGGAGAUGGAUAAGGAGAAUGAUAUGUAUGCUGGGUAUCAUGAAAGUGAUACUUCAGAAGCUGCUAAUGAAGCAAAGAUUCAAAAACUUAAAGAGCUGUCCAAGCUCCCGGACAUUUAUGAUAGACUUUCAAGGUCGCUGGCUCCAAGCAUUUGGGAGCUUGAAGAUAUUAAAAAGGGUCUUCUUUGCCAGCUCUUUGGUGGGAAGGCUAAGAAAAUUCCAUCUGGAGCAUCUUUCCGAGGUGACAUCAAUGUUUUACUUGUUGGGGACCCUGGUACCAGUAAAUCUCAGCUGCUUCAGUAUGUGCACAAGAUAGCUCCUCGUGGAAUCUACACUAGUGGGCGAGGAAGUUCGGCGGUUGGGCUGACAGCGUAUGUAACGAAGGAUCCAGAAACUCGAGAGACGGUAUUGGAGAGCGGAGCUUUGGUUCUUAGUGAUCGUGGGAUAUGCUGUAUCGAUGAGUUCGACAAAAUGUCUGAUAAUGCCCGAAGCAUGCUUCAUGAGGUAAUGGAGCAACAAACGGUAUCUGUAGCCAAAGCGGGUAUCAUUGCCUCGCUGAACGCUCGGACGUCUGUCCUUGCAUGUGCAAAUCCUAGUGGGUCCCGAUACAAUGCGCGCCUUUCUGUGAUUGAUAACAUCCAGCUUCCUCCAACUCUACUUUCUAGAUUUGAUUUAAUUUACUUAAUGCUCGACAAACCAGACGAGCAAAACGAUCGUCGUCUCGCCAGGCAUCUCGUGGCUUUACACUAUGAAAACUAUGAAGUUUCAAAGCAGGACGCCUUAGAUCUACAAACACUUACCGCGUAUAUCACCUAUGCUCGUCAGCAUGUACAUCCUACAUUAAGUGAUGAAGCUGCUGAAGAUUUGAUUAAUGGCUAUGUUGAGAUGCGCCAAAAGGGCAACUUUCCUGGAAGCAGUAAAAAGGUGAUAACAGCCACACCUCGGCAACUCGAAAGUAUGAUUCGUAUCAGUGAAGCCCUAGCUCGAAUGAGAUUUUCUGAAGUGGUAGAGAAAGUUGAUGCAGCAGAAGCUGUGCGCCUUUUAGACGUCGCUUUGCAGCAAUCUGCUACUGAUCAUGCAACAGGUACGAUAGACAUGGAUCUUAUCACGACUGGAGUGUCGGCCAGCGAGCGUAUUCGUCGGGCCAACUUGCUAGCUGCUCUGCGAGAGCUUAUAGCAGAUAAAAUUUCACCUGGCAGCUCCUCUGGCUUGAAGACCAGUCAGCUUCUUGAGGAUAUCCGGAGCCAAAGCAGUGUGGACGUUAGUUUGCAGGAUAUUAAAAAUGCUCUGGGUAGCCUCCAAGGAGAAGGCUUUCUUACUGUCCAUGGUGACAUAGUCAAGAGAGUUUGAGACAGUUUCUAACUGUUCGAAUCCAUGAGCUAUAACUCUGAACGAAAGGGAAAACCUCCAGUUUCCCAUGCGCAAUUCCCAGGUAGAAAUGCUAAAUUCGACUCUUAUGAAAGCUGUGCUGGAUCAUUAAGUAAUAUGCGGCUUCAAGGUUCAUCUCUUCAAACUUUUGGGUGGAGGAAUAGUCCUUCUGUUCUCUAGGAUUUUAGGUCCGCACAAGAGGAUUCUUCCGGGUAGUGUUAAGGCUUAGAGCAGCAACUGUUCUGCAAUCCUAUGUCUGGAUUUUCGUGUACAAAUGUGUGUCAUUUUUAGUGCUUUCAAUUUACGAGUCUUGAAUGUUGGCUUCUGUGCUACUGGUGAUUUGACUUUGUCAGUGAUGAUUUUCAGAAUGAAGUUAUGCCUUCGGUGCAUGUUGAAAGCC